CGAGAUCAGACUUCGCAGCUGCAGCAUGGCAAGAUGUGUUCAGCAGCGGCAGAUGCUGGAGGAGGAGAACCGGCAGGAGCUGCUGCAGCAUCAGUCGAUGCUCGAGCGUCAGCGCGAAGCUCUGGCGACGCAGCAGCAGCAGCUGAUGGAGACCGAGCGAAGUCGGCAGCAGCAGGAAGUUGCCAACCAGCAGCUGCUGCAGAAGGAGCUGGAGCGGCAACGGCUGAUCCAGGCUGAGAGCCAUCGCAUCCUCGAGCAACAGAGACAGCUGCUCUUGGAGAAACAGGCAGAGCAGGCGAUACUGGAACGACAGAAGCAUUACCUUGAGGAGCACAGGCAGGAGCAGCAGAUGCUUGAGCAACAGCAGAGGGCGUUACUGGAACGACAGCGGGAGGAUCAAGCGAGGAUGAGGCAGCAGCAAUUCAUGGAGCAACAGCAGCGGAUUCAGCAACAACAGCAGCAGCAACAACAGCAGCAGCAACGACAACAGCAACAACAGCAGCAGCAGCAGCAGCAACAACAACAACAACAGCAACAGCAGCAGCAACAACAGCAACAGCAGCAGCAGAAACAGCAGCAGCAGCUUGGACCACCGAGAUUCGGACAAGUAGGAGGGCCUCCACCCCCAGUGCAAGAAAGGGGUGAGAAAGGGGGAGCUAGACUACCAUCCCUGAUGAUGAUGGACAUACAUCCAACCCGGGAGUUAGAGUUCAGAGAGGAGGAUAAUGAAUCUCAGAAGCCCAUAAUUUUACCACAUGCACUGGAGAAGGUUCUUGCAUUCAAGACAGAGCGAGCAUACCAAGUCGGCGUUGAUCCCAAUGAGGCCCUCCCAGAAAAUCUACAAGCAAGAGAAAGGGCUGAACUGGAAGAGGAGGAAGAUGAGAUUGCUGAGAGAGAGGUAGACCUUCGUUAUGAGGACAAUCUACAGACUGCGCCAGUCGCCCAGGAAACGAGUAAGGAGUCGAAGAACAAGAAGAGAAAGAAGAAAAAGAAGAAGAAGAAGAAUAGACUGCAGCAAGAAGAGAGGAUAGAUGACCAGGAUGACCAAUCUGACCCCGAACCUGACGUGGAAGUGGAGUAUAUUCAGGACACGCUAGACCUGAAUCCAAGCGAUCCUGGAUAUCGACACUUCAUGAAGAUAUUCGAAGCGUUCAAGCUAAGUGAACCAGUUGAACCUGUGAUAGAAGAAGUGAGAAAGCCAGGGGAAGUGAAGAGGGAAGAACCUGCAGACCCUAUGAGGGACAAGGCACCGAAAGAGUUGUUCGAGGAAGAUGAUGAUGAGGAUAAACCGAAUGAUGACGGCAAGCCUAAACUGUCCAAGAAGAAGUGGAAGAAGCUUAAUAGAAUGUCAGUGGCUGAACUUAAGCAGGUUGUUACAAGGGCCGAUGUCGUAGAGAUGCAUGAUGUGACUGCACAUGACCCAACACUCCUUGUUCAUCUCAAGGCUUACAGAAACACUGUGCCUGUUCCUAGACACUGGUGCUUCAAGCGCAAGUACCUGCAGGGUAAGAGAGGUAUUGAGAAGCCUCCAUUUGAGCUGCCGGACUUUAUCAAAAAGACGGGAAUCAUGGAGAUGAGGGAAGCCCUACAGGAGAAGGAAGACCAGAAGACUCUGAAAUCUAAGAUGAGGCAGAAAGUCAGGCCGAAACUUGGCAAGAUUGACAUUGAUUACCAGAAGCUGCAUGAUGCCUUCUUCAGGUGGCAGACCAAGCCUAGAAUGACGAUGCAUGGAGACUUGUAUUACGAGGGGAAAGAGUUUGAAACAAAAUUAAAAGAGAAGAAGCCGGGAGACCUAUCCGAUGAGUUGCGCACAGCGUUGGGCAUGCCUAUAGGCGCAAAUGCCAACAAGUACCCACCACCGUGGCUGAUAGCAAUGCAGAGGUAUGGCCCACCGCCAUCCUAUCCUCAUCUGAAGGUGCCUGGCCUUAAUGCACCGAUACCAGAGGGAUGUUCGUUUGGUUACCAUGCUGGUGGCUGGGGCAAGCCUCCAGUGGAUGAGAAUGGCAAGCCCCUGUAUGGCGACGUGUUUGGCACACAGAGCGGUGACUUUCAGGAGCAGAAGGAGGCGGAAGAGAUUGACCGCAGUCUAUGGGGAGAGUUUGAGUCGGAGAGCGAGUCGGAGGAGGAAGAGAGCGAGGAGUCAGAAGAGGAGGCGGACGUGUCCGGACUCGUAACCCCCGGCGACGCGGGAUUGGUAACUCCGAGUGGAAUUACGUCAAUGCCAGCUGGCAUGGAAACACCAGACAUGAUAGAGCUCCGAAAGCGCAAGAUAGAGGAACUGAUGGAGGGAGGGGAGACGCCUCAACUCUACCAGGUUUUGCCAGAAAAGAAGGGACCAUCUAUAGGUGGCGCCAUGAUGGGAUCUCAGCAUGUGUACGACGUUGCAGCUCCGCCGGGGCAAAAGAAGGGUCCCGUGCCGGAGGCGGGGGUAGAGCUGGCACUCGCGCCAGAAGAGUUGGAGCUGGACGCUGAGGCGAUGAAGGUUCGAUAUGAGCAGCAGGUUCGGGAGCAGCAGAGCCAGCUGGAGAAGGAGGAUCUCAGCGACAUGGUGGCCGAGCACGCGGCGCGCCAGAAGAGCAAAAGAAAGAAACAACAAGAAGGUGGCAAAGCAGCUAAGAAGUAUAAAGAGUUUAAAUUUUAAAGACUGUUUGUCACUGGCUAGUCUGUUAAUAUUGGUCGUAUGACAUCGAUUAAUAGGCUAUGUAAAUAGUUCCAGUCCAGAUGUGUGUGAGUAAAGUCAUUUUAGCAUCGAUGUAUUAAUCAAUGAAAAAUUAUUAAUCAGGUAAUUGAUCAGUCCAUUGUCUGGCUAAUGCAAAUGGCACAUCCUACUUGAGAACACACUGUAACAUUUGUUACUUGUGGAGUAAUUGUUGUUUGUCUGUCUACGUCAUGAGACAUAUAUCUUUUAGUCACUGGACAAUAAAAAUGACAAGCAACAA